AUGGCACGUAAAGGAGCUACUAUGCUAGCUGUCGCAAUUUCUGCUACUUUGGCAGCGGCAGCAACUAUUGACAAGCGAAUCGUUGGCGGAGAGGACGCCAAUAUUGGUGACUUCCCAUUCCUAGUCAGCAUUCGCAAUCAAGAUGGCAUACAAUUCUGCGGUGGCAGCUUAUUAGACAGCACCACUGUUCUUACUGCUGGUCAUUGCGUCAAGGGAAGCUCCUAUGUCAAGGCAGGCUCACUGAAUAGAUUGGUGGGCGGAGUAGGGUCACUCGUGGCCUCGAAAAAGACGCACCCUGAUUACGACUUGCUAUAUGAAACCGACGAGGAAGCAAUUCCUGUGCAUGAUAUUGGCAUCCUCAAAUUACUCCAACCAAUUGAGAAGAACGACACGAUCCAUAUCGGCUUUGCCACUCUUCCUGCAGACGGGCAUGAUCCCGCAGUUAAUUCCACUGCAGUCGCUGCAGGCUGGGGCCGACAACACGAAAACGGCUUCAAGGUUGAUAUGCUUAGCAAGGUUGUAAUUCCUAUUCAGGCACGCAAGGACUGCCCAAAGGCGAAUGACACUACAAUAUGUGCUGGUGGGAAUGGCAAGACUGUAUGCAAAGGGGAUAGCGGUGGCCCUCUCGUCGAUGAGAAAACGCAACAGGUCAUCGGUAUCUCGUCAUGGGUUCCAAAGGAGGAAGGCGGCCACCACUGCAACCUGGCUCCCGCGAGUUAUACACGAGUGGGCAGCUAUAUCCCUUUUAUUGAGGAGAAUCUGGGAGGGUCUCUGCCGGUCCCUGAUGAGGAGAUGCUGGAUGCGUUGAAGACCCAGCAAGUUUAUGAACACUGCGAUAUCUUUGGGAGUGACAAAAGAGGAUCUUGCCUCAGCUCCUACUUCGACUGUGCCCAAACGUUGGGUUGGAAAGCCGCAACCCAGGAAAUAAUUCAAUGCAUCGAUGGAUUGCAGAAGAAAAACUAG